CAUGUACACUCUAGAAUGAUACAUAGGCACAUACUCCUGCUGCCCUGUACUGUAUGGACAUUUGUGGCACUGGACUUCGCAUAGUUUGUACUGAUUUAAAUAUUCUAAUACCCUAUAAAGUGUGUUAAAUGAUCAUGGAGAGGAAGAGGAUGGACUGCCCGGCUCUGCCCACGGGCUGGAAAAAAGAAGAAGUGAUCCGGAAGUCGGGGCUCAGUGCUGGCAAGAGCGAUGUCUACUAUUACAGUCCCAGUGGUAAGAAAUUCAGGAGCAAGCCCCAGCUGUCUCGAUACCUGGGGAACACUGUUGACCUUGGCUGUUUUGAUUUCCGCACUGGAAAGAUGAUGCCGAGUAAAUUGCAGAAGAACAAACAGAGACUAAGGAACGAGCAUCUCAGUCAGUCCAAGGGCAAGCCCGACCUGAACACUGCACUACCGAUCAGGCAAACUGCCUCCAUUUUCAAGCAGCCAGUUACCAAAGUCACCAACCACCCUAGUAACAAAGUAAAGUCGGAUCCUCAGCGAGCGAUCGAGCAGCCACGACAGCUUUUCUGGGAGAAGAGACUACAAGGUUUGACUGCGUCUGAUGUAACUGAACAGAUAAUAAGAACCAUGGAACUUCCAAAAGGUUUACAAGGUGUUGGUCCAGGUAACACAGAUGAGACCCUUUUAUCUGCUAUUGCAAGCGCUUUGCACACAAGUUCUGCACCAAUCACGGGACAGCUGUCUGCAGCAGUGGAAAAGAACCCAGCUGUAUGGCUCAACGUGACCCAGCCCCUCUGCAAAGCCUUUAUGGUCACAGAUGAGGACAUUCGGAUUCCAGAGACUUUAUUUUUGCACCAGAAGCAAGUUCCCAAAUUAAAACUGAAGACAUCAUGUCUGGAUCGUCGUCAGUCUAUGCUUAAAGAAACAAAAAGGACCCACGCACAUUUUACUAGCUUUAUAAUAAAUAGCUCGAACCAAGGCCUUUUUUGACCAUCAUAUUUUUGAUGUACAUAUCUAUAUAUUUCAGAUCAAUGUUUACUUUGUGAAUUUGUGUUUUUUUUUAGUUUUUUUAAUAUACAUAAUAAGCAAUACACUUAAACAUUUGUGUUCCUAAACCCAGGUUGCAAUCUGCUGGAUUUGUAUUGCUAAUUUUUAAAUUUGUUUUAUUGUUAUUAUUAUUUUUUUUUUUUUUUUGGCUGGAAGGGCUAUGCUGUCAGGGUUUGUAUUCAAGUUUAUAUAAUUUCUAAAAAACAUAGAAUGGAAACAACUUAUUUAAAAAGAUUUUUAUACCUCUAAAUAAAAAAAAGAAUACCUGUGCAUUCUUUCAUCAGUGUAAAGUAAAUAAAUGAUUAUAUUCACAAAUGUAUGUCUUGUGGUGAAUAGAAUAAGAUCAGUUUGUGUGAUGUUGACCACUUUAGAAAUCAAUCACAAUGAAUGCCAUGCCAGUCUCUGCAGGGAGCAUUGCAGAAUGUAUGUAUGUAUUAUUUAGUGUCCUGGGGGUGGUGGUAGAUUGAAGAACUAUCCCACACAGCCAUUCUACAUUGGUAGUAAAUGGCUCUGCACUUCCCCUUUGCCUACUUUUGAAGAGAGGUGAUUUAUCUGUUCAGGCAUCCCAAUAUAUUUAAUGAACCUAUCUGUGUUAAUUACUGUGUGUUUUAGCUAAAAGAUACAGUGAACUUUUAGAAAAGCCUGUUUCUAGAUAUAGAAGGGUUAUGGACAGCUGGCUGAUAAUGAAAAGUCAAGCUGCAGAAGGGAAAGAGAACCAUUUUAAGCACAUUCCAAAUACCUUUGUUAUUGGCCCCUGACAGAGGUCACUGUUUUUUAUCCCAGUUAACCAAAGCAAUGUUGCAAAUGUGGCUCUUUGCGACACUUACCCUUUGACCGUGAAGUUUUAAAGUGAAACAAAUGUAGUGAGACUGGU